AGCAGGAAGCGUUCAGAGGCUUUUCACAGCUUCUUCUUCUCUGGCAGCGGCGCUCUGAGAGCUGAGAGCGAACCAGAGCAGCAGCAGACGAAUGGCCGUGAAGCUGCCGGUUCAGCAGCAGAGACGCCGACACGCCGUCGCUUCAUUUAUUGUCUUUUGAUAUAAAAAUAUUGAUUAUAGCUGCUUUAAGUUCCUCAGUCCAUUUAUUAUUAAUCCAUUAAACAACUACAGCUCAUUUGCAUCAAAUGUGAGCAGCGCCUCCUGCUGAUGGACUGCAGGUCCAGCACACUUCAGAAAUAGAAAACUGAGUUUAUUUGCAGGUUAAAAUUAAACAAAGACACAAAUAAUAAUAUAUUAAUAAGGACAGAAAGCCCAGAUGAGCUCAUUGAUUAGCUCAACCUAAGGUGCCCAAAUUAUUAUAUGUGUUUAUACACAAAGAAUAAUAUGAGAAAUCUGUUGCAGCUUUUUUUCAGGGGCCCUUGAAUGAGUUCCUUAAAUGUUAAUGGAUGUCUAAAUGUUAAUGAGUGCCUAAGGUCCUGGGAUGUGUUCCAGUGGUCUUUGAAUGAGUUUCUAGAAUCCUUGAAAUGUUCUUGGGGUCUGUGAAUGAAGUUUAAUGAUUCACAAACUUAUUCCCGGGGCUCUUUAAAUAUUUAAGGGAUCGUUGAAUGUGUUCCUGCGAUCAUUGAAUGAGUUCUGGGAAAACUUGAAUUAUUCCAGGGGGCUUUCAGAUGUUCCCAUGAAUUACUGAGUCAGAUCAAUGACCACUGUAAUGAGUUCCAGGGGUCCUUGAAAUGCUCCAGGGCUCUUUGAAUGAGUUCCCUGACCUGUAUCACAUGGUCGGUGAGUUUACACACAGCCUUUGAAGUCACCUGGCAGUCAUGUGACAGCCCUCGGAGGCACAUGACUGCCAGGUGUGAACGUGUUUCCAGGUGAAGUUUGCUGAAUUAAAACACGCUCAAACCUUCAGAAUGAAACAACUAAUGUAACAUUAAACAGAAAGUCACGAGUUUGUAAAAGUUGAAAUGUUCCUGGGAUUCCUCUGAAAUUAAACACACAUCUUGGAUGUUACAUUUGUACACAAAUCGUUUUCUUCCAGCAGAUUCUGGAUGUGUUGAACGUUAACCCGGCAGCAGAGCCGGUGGUUUAAUCAGGAUAAAUGUAUUAAUAUUAAUAUAAUACGUUUUGUAUAAGGGCUUUUAUUGUGGAGACUUCCUGUCUGCCGCUGUCUCCGUGUGUCUAACUUGACUGUUUCCGCUCGGACCGACAUCGACCCUCCUGCAGCUUCUUCUGUCCGCAUCCCGGUGCUUUCAGUCGGUACGAACAUGUUGAAGCUCGACGUGUUGCGGCUGUUUGUCGACCAGCGGCUCGCCGCGGUCACCGACGACGUUUUCCGCUGUUUUGCCAGAAUGAUCGCCGAAUAUGAACGCGAAGUUUUCCGGUUAAAACAAGAGACCGACCGACAGCGGAGACUGUUGGAGGCUGCUGGACGACCGGAGGACGGACCGGAGGACGGACCGGGGGACGGACCGGGGGACGGACCGGAGGACGGACCGGAGGGUGUUCUGCAGGUUUUAACCACAGAAGAAGAACAGCAGGUGAGGGUGCAGAGCUUCAGUUUGCACAUUAAACAGGAAGAGGGUGAAGCUUUGGGACCAGAGGGGACUGACAUCAAGUUCACACAGAGUCAUGAUUGGCUGAUGGAAAGACUUAAAACAGACCAGAGUCCUUUGUCCAAUCAGAUCCAGUCCUGCAGGGAGGAGGCGGGGCAUCAACCCACUGUCAACAAACAGGAAGUAUUCCCUGUCAAACAGGAAGUGGAUGAGGGUCACAUGAUGCUGGAGGCUGCAGUCAGAGCAGAGAUCAGCACCCAGCAGGAAGGUGUUCUGCAGAUUAUAACCACAGAAGAAGAGCCGCAGGUGAGGGGGCGGAGCUUCAGUCUGCACAUCGAACAAGAAGGGGGCAAAGCUUCAGGACCGGAGGAGACUGACACCAAAUUUACACAGAAUCCUGAUUGGCUGAUGGAGAGUGACAAUGAUCAUAUUCAGUUCCACAGAGAGGAGGACCUUCUCCCCGCCCCCUCAGACCAUCUGAUAAGACCAGAACCUGGAGGGACCUGUAAACCUGCACACCACAACAGGGACUCCGUUAUCCAAUCAGAGUCAUCUACUGAGGACAGCGACGACACUCAGUCUGAACCAGGUCUUCAGAGGACUCGGGGGACUGGGACUCGGCCUCCUGCAGACCAGAAGCUGCUGGUCUGUGGCAGCUGUGGACGAGAGUUCAGCUCAAAGCGAACUCUGAGGAAACACAUCAGACGAAACACGUCUCAAGACCAGGACCAGAUGUCCUGCAGCCUCCGCAGACAGAGGGCCCCUUUCCAGAGUCCUGCCAAGUCCUUCAGCUGCAGAGUCUGCGGGAGUUCCUUCUACACACAGGGGAUUCUGGUCCGGCAUGCCGAGAACCACUGCAAGGAGCCCGAGAGUUGGUGCGGGGCCUGUGGGGACCGUCUGGAGUCUACCGAGACUCUCAGAGACCACCUGCGGUCCCACAAAGAGGUGGGUAGCACCUGUGACGUGUGUGGGAAGAAGUGCAGCUCCAUCAGGAGGAUGGAGAUCCACAAACGGGUCCACACUGGAGAGAAACCGUAUCGAUGCGGGUUCUGUAGUCGAGACUUCAGCAGGAAGGAGAGUCUAGAGAGACACCUGAAGGUCCACAGCGGGGACAGACCGCACCGCUGUGGACUCUGCAGGAGGACCUUCACCAGGAGAGAGUAUCUGGUCCACCACCUGAAGACCGGCCACACAGAGAGACCAGGUCCACCUGCAGGGACAGAGGGGACCGAGCCGUUCAACAUGACGCUGUGAAACACGUCAGAGCAGAAAAUAAGUCUUCAGCAGGUGGCGGGGGAAAUUAUUUAUACGUUUCUACUUAGAAAGAAAUUCAGCAGUUUGAAAGACUUAAAAAAAAAAAAACCUUCAGGAGGUUUAAGAGACUUGAUCUGAACUUUACUUACUGAAUUUACCAAAUAGCAUAAAAAGCCAUCUGUGAAGUUUUAUCUUAAAUGCAAGUAAAAACGUGAAAAACUUAAA